CCGUUUAGAGAUACACAGCCAAGAUGUCUGGAAGAGGACGCGGUUGUUCCGGCAACAAGCUCAAGAUGACCCUUGGUCUUCCUUGCGGCGCCGUUCUCAACUGCUGCGAUAACUCCGGUGCUCGCAACCUGUACAUCAUCUCCGUCAAGGGUAUCGGUGCUCGUCUGAACCGUCUCCCCGCCGCCGGUGUCGGUGACAUGGUCAUGGCCACCGUCAAGAAGGGAAAGCCUGAGCUCCGGAAGAAGGUCAUGCCCGCUGUCGUCGUCCGUCAGAGCAAGCCCUGGAGACGUCCCGACGGUAUCUACCUCUACUUUGAGGACAACGCUGGUGUUAUCGUCAACGCCAAGGGUGAGAUGAAGGGAUCCGCUAUCACCGGUCCCGUCGGUAAGGAGGCUGCUGAGCUUUGGCCUCGUAUCGCCUCCAACUCCGGUGUCGUCAUGUAAAUUGCCUUUUUCGGUGCGGUGGAAUACCAAUAGAGGAAAUUUCGAAACGAUACCAGAGUCG